AUGUCUUAUGACUUGGUUAUUAUUGGAGCCGGUCCAGCCGGAUUAACUGCUGCCAUUUACGCUAAAAGGGCCCUCCUGAAAUGUUUAAUUUUGGAAAAAGCCUUAGCGGGCGGGAAACUAAAUAAAACUGCUGAUGUUGACAAUUACCCUGGUUUUACCUCAAUUAAAGGACCUGAGUUGGCUGAGAAAAUGACCGAACACACCAAAUAUUAUGAGAUUGAUUGGCAACAAGAAGAGGUGUUGAAAUUAGAAAAGAAAGAAAAGGAGUUUAUUAUAAGAACUAGCAUGGGAAAUGCUUUUAAUAGUAGGUCUGUCAUUAUUGCUUCAGGAGCGGUCGAGAAAGAGUUGGGCAUUAAGGGUGAGAGGGAAUUCAUGAAUUUAGGAGUUUCCUAUUGUGCGAUUUGUGAUGGCUUUCUUUUUCGAGGAAGAGAAGUAGCGGUGGUAGGAGGUGGCUAUUCAGCUUUGGAAACAGCGCUUUAUAUGAGUAACGUUGCUAGCAAAGUUUACCUCAUUCAUCGUCGCGCUGAAUUUCGGGCCGAGAAAGAAAUAGUAGACAAAGCCAAAAAAACCCCAAAUAUAAUUUUCCUCUUGAACUCUAUUUUAACUGAAAUUCAAGGAGGAGAAACAGUGAAAAAAGUAAUUGUCAAUAAUUCAACUAACAACAAAAACAAUGAAUUAUUAGUUAACGCCGUCUUUCCUUGCAUUGGCCUCUCGCCAUUUAGCAGUUUUGCCCAUGAAUUGGGUAUUUGCGACCGAGAAAAUUAUAUUUCUAUUAAAGAUGAUUGUUCAACCAAUGUUCCUGGUUUGUUUGCCGCUGGUGAUGUGGCUCGAAUUAGUGAAAAAAAAAUUAAGCAGAUUGUGACAGCUGUGGCCGAAGGGGCCGUUGCUGCUCAGUCAGCAAUUAAUUAUCUAGAAAGAUUGUAA